UUCAUUAGUUCAGACACGGGAAGCUCUAUGGGUUCUUGGGUCCGCACCCUCACUUCUCCCUUCAGAAAGGCUUGCACCCUUCUCAACCCACCUAGAGACAAGAAGUCUCAGACAGGUAGGUGUCCAUGGAUAUGGACCUUGGCCUCAACAGAGCCAGUCUUUUUCUUUGUUGCAGGGAAGGAUCACGAUGGCAUGAAGCUCCAUGGUGAGGUGAAGGCAUGUUCGUAUGAGGAUGUUCAGGUGAUGUGGUCCAUCCUCGACAAAUCAAAGCCUGGAGAGCAAAACCGGCGUUAAUGGUUUUUUUUCUUUUUGAUGAGUAAUGGAGUUUUUGGGGAUGGGGAGGUAUGGACAAAGGUAUCUUCUUUUUUUUUUUCUUGGCAUCGUGCUUGAAGGGAAUCCCCGUGGAUAUUGAGAUCCAUGGUGAGAUUUAUUAGAGUUGUUAUAUUUUUUCC